AUGUUUACACUCGGAGUGUACCAUCUGAGCAGUCUGAUGACUACAGGCAUAUUCUCGGCGUUCUUCUACAUCCGUGGAGCCGUCUUCUGUUCAUAUCCAUCUUUUGUUUUCAUCUCCGGAGCCUUCGACUUAGGUAUGAGACUAAAACAAUAUUUUCAAUGGCAACUUUUCAGCUUCAUGGUGUGCGGGCAGCACGACUAACAUCCUGAUUACUGUAAAUCGAUGUGUUAUGAUGUAUAAUACAAAUCUGAACAAUAUUCUCUUUAAUUCCAAGACCAUCUACAUUUGGAUACUCUUGAUUGAACUGUACCAUCUUGGUGUCCUUUUCUUUGUCCAACCACCUCUUUUUAACUCGCUAGAGAUGACUUAUGUUGUCAAUCCUCAUUCUGGAUAUUACGCCGACACAGACGGGAUUUAUCAUAUUGUUUGGGCGAGUGUUCAUAACUGCACUGACUUUGCUGUCAGUAUUGUGGCGGUCUCAACAUUUUUGAUUGUUUAUCACCGAAAAAAGAACCGACUGGCCGAAAAGAACGCAGUGUUCGAUCGCCAAGUAAGUUUCAGACAUUAUUUGUCAUUCUUUUGGCACAAUUUAUAACUCGAAACAUGUUACAGAUGUUUUUGCAAGUGCUAUUUAUCCACUUAUUCCAACUUUUGACGAGUGCUUUCUUCAAUUCAAUUCGAUUCUUCGGAUCGACCAGAUUUUUUAAUGCUGCGGCCAACUUUACAUACGUUGUUUCACAAGGUAAAUAGAUGCCUGAAAAAAGUACUAUAAUCUUUAUUAUUUUUCAGGGAUAACUCCAAUAAUAUACCUGACAUUUAAUCAAACAAUCAAAGGUAUUUUAAUCAACAAAGUUUUGAGACGCCCUCAAAAAACACAGCUCUCUCAGAGCUCUCCAAAAUCCAAUUUAUUCACAGUCCGCACCAAGACAAUUGACUUGAAAUAA